UAAUUUGUCGUUCCUAUAUUUAUAUUGUGAAAGUUGUAAAUAAGGGUUUAUUAAUAAAACAUAAAAAAUUCGGUACUUUACAUUAAUUUUUGAUAGCCUACUACCAUUGUAUAAGCCUAGUAGAUUUAUACAAUGCCUACUACUAUCGUAUUGUCAAUAUAAAUUCGCCGCAAAAUCCGAAAACAACAAAGUAUGCAAAUGCUACCAAAACAUUAAGUAGCUUCUGUCAAUUAAAUUUAAAAAUUUUGUUCGUUCCCAAAGUUUAUUAAAGCAAACAAGUUUGUGUGUUUGAAAUAUAAAUGUAAAUUUUAUAUAAAAGUUGAAAGUUGUAUCAACGAAGCAAUGCCAAGCGAGAUAAUUACAUUGCAAUUGGGCCAAUGCGGCAAUCAAAUUGGUUUUGAGUUUUGGAAGCGUCUAUGCCUCGAACACGGUAUAUCACCGAGUGGUGUGUUAGAAGAUUUUGCUACCGAUGGUGUAGAUCGCAAAGAUGUUUUCUUCUAUCAGGCGGAUGAUGAUCAUUAUAUACCACGGGCUGUGUUAUUGGAUUUGGAACCACGCGUCAUUCACUCUAUAAUGAGUUCGCCAUACGCAAAGCUUUAUAAUCCGGAAAAUGUUUAUUUGUCGAAGCAUGGCGGUGGCGCUGGCAAUAACUGGGCUUCCGGUUAUAGUCAAGGUGAAAAACUGCAAGAGGAGGUUUUCGAUAUCAUCGAUCGCGAAGCAGAUGGUAGCGAUUCUUUAGAGGGCUUUGUGCUCUGUCAUUCAAUAGCUGGUGGUACUGGCUCUGGUAUGGGCUCUUACAUUAUGGAACGUUUAUCCGAUCGUUUUCCAAAAAAGCUGAUACAAACAUACAGUGUUUUCCCCAAUCAGGACGAGAUCAGUGAUGUUGUCGUACAGCCAUAUAACUCGUUGUUGACACUGCGUCGAUUAACUAGCUGCGCUGAUUGUGUUGUAGUGCUCGACAAUACGGCACUAAAUCGCAUUGCUACUGAUCGGCUACAUAUACAAAAUCCUAGCUUUACACAAAUCAACACUUUGGUUUCGACUAUAAUGUCUGUCAGCACCACAACAUUACGUUAUCCUUCCUAUAUGAAUAAUAAUCUGAUUGGUUUGACAGCACCUUUGAUACCAACACCACAAUUGCAUUUCUUAAUGACGGGUUAUACGCCAUUGACGACAGAUAAUGAUGUAAGGUUGUACUCUAAAUAUAGUGAAAAUAUAAAAAUUCGUAAUAUUUUCUUUCAGCAAACAGUUAAUGUUCGCAAAACGACAGUGUUGGACGUUAUGCGUCGCCUAUUACAACCAAAAAAUAUGAUGGUAUCUACGGGACCUGACAAAACCAACCAUCAUUGUUAUAUUUCAAUUUUGAAUAUAAUACAAGGAGAAGUAGACCCUACUCAGGUGCAUAAGUCUUUGCAACGUAUUCGAGAGCGCAAAUUAGCACAGUUCAUUCCCUGGGGACCUGCGAGCAUACAAGUAGCGUUAUCACGUUCAUCACCUUACGUACAGAGUAGUCAUCGGGUUUCAGGAUUGAUGCUUGCUAACCACACCAGUAUUUGUUCGCUUUUUGAACGUGCGCUUGGACAAUAUGACAAACUUAAAAAGCGUGGUGCUUUUCUUGAUCAAUUUAGGCGUGAAGAUAUUUUUAAAGAUGAUUUGUCUGAAUUGGAUGAUUCACGCGAUGUUGUCGAUUGCUUGGUACAGGAAUAUGAAGCAGCAACUCAAUCGAAUUACUUGCAGUGGUCGGCGAAGAAAGGUCAAGAAGAAGCCCAUUAAUUUUGUAGUGGGGAGAAAGUCAUAUAUAAAUAUCUAAAUAUGUAAUAGAAAUAUAUAUACUGUUCUGCCUCAUGUAGCCAUAAAAGUUUGCCACCUCCUUCGGAAAUUUUCAAAACAAAUUCAAAGAAUCUAAUUUAAUCCUUUCACAUUCAUUUUUUUUAACUAAUUACAUUGAAAUCUUUGAGUUUCAUUUUGGUAUAUUUGUGUCUCACUCUGAGCAUACUCACUAAUGCAUUUCUAAAAUGUUAUAUAUAUAAAUAUAAAACGCAACAUUGUUAAAUUACUGCUUAGAUUAGUAAUAUUUCUCACGUUUAAUUUAAUGUAUUCAAAGAAUUUUUGAAACCAAGUUUAUUAAGAUUUUCUAUUUUCGUUUAUAAGUGCGCUUUAAAUUCAGUCUUUUAAUUAUUUCCUGACUAUAUUUGAUCGUUUCAUUUUACGAAUGUGUAUUUUACUGAAUGUUAAUCAAAAAUGUAAAUGUUCUUUUUAUCAGUAAUAAAAAUGUUCUUUGAAGAAAUUACGAAUCAA